AUGGAGGAUUUCAAAGAUAAUACAUCGAAAAAGGUCGUCUCGGAUACUGCAUCACAUAUCUCGGUGGCUCAUGUAGGUCGUGAGAAUUUGGCCGAUGCACUUCCACCUCAUGAAUCCUAUGAAGGAAGUCAUCGAUAUGAUCCAGCUGCCACAUGGACGGAAGCAGAGGAGAGAAGAGUCGUUCGAAAGACUGACCUUUAUCUUUUGCUGUGGAUUUGCGUCAUGUUCUUCGGAUUGCAACUUGACAGAGGAAAUCUAUCCAAUGCUACGGCGGAUAAUCUUCUGAAGGAUCUAAAGCUUACUACCGACGACUAUAACAAUGGUACUACAAUUCAAUUGUUGUGCUUUCUGGUAUCAGAAUUUCCUGUUCAGUUCUUGACCAAGCGUUAUGGAUUCAAAUAUAUUCUUCCAAUCAUGAUGAUGCUUUGGGGUACCGUCUCAUGGACUCAAGCCUGGAUGCAUGAUCGCACAUCCUUCUAUAUCACACGUGCCCUCAUUGGACUUUGUGAAGGUGGUUUCAUUCCUGGUACCAUCCUCUUUGCGACAUACUUCUACAAGUCAAAGGAACUAUCCGUUCGUCUUGCUUGUUUUUGGUCCACACUCAAUAUUGCCCGAGUGAUUUCGGCGCUACUUGCCGCUGGAAUCCUGACAAUGAGAGGAGUGGGUGGUAAACCAGGGUGGUUUUAUUUGUUCCUGAUUGAGGGACUUUUCACAUUUUUGAUUGGUGUUAUUCGAAUCCUACGUGACGAUCCAGCCAAAGGGCUUACAGCAUUGCAAGAACCAGCCACAUUCAAAGAUAUUCGCGAAGCAUGGAGUGACUCUUCCAUGUGGGGCCUGUACUUCAUUGGUUUGGUAGCAUACAUUCCAGCGACACCUGUUCAAUCUUAUAUUACGCUCACUUUGAGACGUUUGGGAUAUACUACCUUCGACUCCAACAUGUUGACCAUUCCAUCUGCUGCCUUACAAGUAAUCACUAUGCUUGUGCUUGCAUAUAGUAGUGAUUUCUUUGAUGAACGUACAUUUCAUUGUAUCUUCGGAGAGUUCUGGAUACUGCCGCUACUUACGGCACUCUUGACAAUUCCUGACGGUGGGAGGGACUGGAGUAGAUGGUCUUUGGUGACAUUAAUUUCUGGAUAUCCUUACUUCCAUCCCAUCGUUUCUGCUUGGAUUUCAGAAAACACGUUCGACGUGAAGAAGCGCGCAAUUACAGCGGCGACUUACAACGUUAUUGUUCAAGUUGGAUCAUUGAUCGGUUCUCAAAUCUACCGUUCAUAUGAUGCUCCAUACUACAAACAAGGAAAUAAGGUCCUGAUUUCCAUUUGCGCAUUGGCGUUAGUGACAUUUGUGACACAAAGACAGUACUUGAUAGUGUUGAACAAGAGAAAGGAGAGGAUUUGGGAUCAAAUGACAGCUGAAGAAAAGGCUGGAUAUCAGAACGACAGUGAAGCAAGAGAGAAAGAUGGUAACAAAAGACUUGACUUUAGGUUCAAGUAUUAA